CCUCUGACGCAUGGGCAUUCCUAAAGUUAGCUGCUGGUUUACUGGUACCUUACUGUCUGCCUUAUUUUAUGCAAGGCGAUUUGUGGGCGGAGCGGGUUGUUAAGGUGUUGUGUUUGGAGAGAAACACUGUUGAGGGUUGGACUAUUCGAUCGGGUGCCUUAUUCCUUGCACUUCUACUUUCCUUUUUGUUGUUGUGUAGGAGCCGUCUAGGAGGGCGCUCUGCUAGACUCUAGAGAUGUUUUCAAGAGGUGCAUUAUAGGUAGA